AUGGCCGACGAACCGCUCACCUCGGCCGCCGCCACGGCAACCACAGCAACAACGACCGCGGCAGAUCCCCCCCCUCCCGUGACGCACCCCGAAUCUGACGCUCAGGCUGCCCCCCUCCCCCUCCCCCGCAUCGCCAUACGGUUCUGCACCCAGUGCAAGUGGAUGCUCCGCGCCGCCUAUGUAAGCAAAGACACCACGUCCCUCCCCAACGUCAUCACAGCCCAGAUAUCAGAAUCCCAGACGAGCACCGACGACAUACACAUAGUCCCCGUCACUGACCGCAAACCAACUCCUCCCCACCAGUUCGCCCAGGAACUCCUCUCCACCUUCUCCACGUCCCUCGGCGAGGUCGCCCUCAUCCCCUCCACAGGCGGCACCUUCACCGUGACCAUUACCACCGCAGCCGACGCAGACCCUGCGAGCACGAGCACGAAGACGCUCUGGGACCGCAAGACGGACGGCGGCUUCCCUGAGACCAAGGAGCUCAAACGCCGCGUCCGCGACGUCAUAGACCCGUCGCGCAACCUCGGCCACGUCGACCGCGAUCACGCCCGGCCCGCUCACGCACCCGCCAGCGCCGACGCGGUCGCCAUGCCGUCUACCACGUCUACCGGCGCCACGGCCGAGGCGCCUGCGCAGUCGCAGGGGGCCGCCCUCGAUGACGAGGCGAGAAGCCGCAUCUCUGCCGCCAGGACGAAUAAGGGCCAGGCCGCGCCGAGCGGCGUCGAUGGGGCUUCUCUGGUCAGCGAGCUGAAGGGGCCCGGUCCAGCGCAAACUCAGGCACAAGCAUCACGAGAGGGACAGACCGGUGAAGCCAAGGCUGUAUGCGAGGACUGCGUGUAG